UUCAGUCAAAAUUGAAACGCCUCUGGCAGUUUCAAUUACUGCUUUCAUGUUACUAUAAUGUCUCGAAUUUUGACCUUUCUAUUCGUGUUGGUUGGUUUGUUAUUCGCCGGAAUUCACUGUGAUUAUGAUCCAGACUGGAAGUCUCUAGAUUCAAGACCAUUACCGAGUUGGUUUGACGAUGCAAAAGUUGGAAUUUUCAUCCACUGGGGGCUAUUUUCGGUUCCCAGUUUUGGCUCAGAAUGGUUUUGGUCUUACUGGAAGAGUGGAAUCAAAAGCUACGAGGAUUUUAUGAAGCAAAAUUAUAAGCCUGGAUUUAGCUACCAAGAGUUCGCACCCAUGUUUACUGCCGAAUUUUACAAUCCUAGUCAAUGGGUGGAUAUAUUCAAAGCUUCUGGAGCUAAGUACGUAGUUUUGACUAGCAAACAUCAUGAAGGUUUUACUCUUUGGCCUUCGAAAGUGUCAUGGAAUUGGAAUGCCAAAGACAUAGGUCCGAAACGAGAUCUCUUAGGCGACCUAGCUGAAGCUAUCAGGAAUAAAACUGACAUACACUUUGGAGUCUACCAUUCUAUGUACGAAUGGUUCCAUCCGCUGUACUUGUUGGACAAGAGUAACAAGUUCAAGACCCAGCAUUUUGUUUUCGGAAAAACUUUGCCAGAAUUAAUUGAACUUGUUACGGAAUAUAAGCCAGACGUUAUCUGGUCUGAUGGAGACUGGGAAGCUCCUGAUACUUACUGGAAUAGUACAGAAUUCUUAGCCUGGCUCUACAAUGAAAGUCCUGUUAAAGAUACUGUAGUUGUAAAUGACAGAUGGGGCAGCGGAAUUCCUUGCAAUCACGGUGGAUAUUACACUUGUACCGAUCGCUACAAUCCGAAAACGCUCCAGAAACACAAGUUUGAGAAUGCUAUGACCUUGGAUAAGAACUCGUGGGGCUACCGAAGAAACAUUGCACUGAGUGAUUUCCAUACUAUUGAGGAACUAAUUACAAUUAUGACUGAGACUGUCAGUUGCGGUGGCAAUAUCCUAAUUAAUAUAGGACCUACUCACGAUGGACGCAUCAUACCGAUAUUUGAAGAGAGAUUACGACAGUUGGGAUCAUGGCUUCAAACGAAUGGCGAAGCUAUAUAUGGAACUCGUCCAUGGAAAGCCCAGAAUGAUACGCUAACCCCAGGAGUUUGGUAUACUUCCAAAGGAUCAACUGUAUAUACUAUAGUCUUGAACUGGCCUAAGAAAAGUGUGCUGAAUCUGGGAUCACUGCAGUUAAACAGUGGUGACGAAGUGUCCAUGCUGGGCUAUCCCUCUCCCCUCUCUUUCGAAUCAUCCGGCAAAAUCGUUUCGAUCACUUUCCCAGCAUUAACUCCUGACAUUAUUGCAAGUAAAUGGGCUUGGGUGCUGAAAGUAACGAAACAAAAUUACCGAAGUAAUAACAUCCGUUAAUGUAAAAUGCAAUGCUUACAAAUUUUUAAUUAAUGUAUGAUUGUUGCAAUGUCUGGAGAUAUGUGUUAAAAUUUUGUUAUGUAAAUUUAUCUAAUGAAAAUAAAUUUUCCCUGUAACUAAAUGGUUA